AUGUCCUACGAAAUGAACCACGGCCAAAACAUGGCCUACCCCUACCCGCCUCCGACCACCACCACCGUCGCGAUGCCACCCAAGAGCCGCUUCUCCAAGUGGUGGCCCAUCUCCUUCUUCAUCGCCGCCAUCCUCUUCUUCAUCAUCGGCGGCGGCCUCAUCGGCGGGUGGACCGCCUCGUGCGCCAGCAGCAGCUACAGCUACUACGACUACGACUCCAGCUGCCUCUCCAACGGCAUGUGGUACGGCGCGGUGGCCUGCUUUGCCCUCGGCGGCAUCACCAAGUUCGUCGCCUGGAUCCUCUUCAUCGUGUGGUGCGUCAAGCGCAGCUCGCGCACGUCCACCUCGGUCUCGUACACCUACCAGCCCCUCACCUACGCCGGCGCCGCCCCCGUCGCCCCCUCCGCCGCACCCAUGCCCGCCGCCUACCAGAACCACGGCGGCUUCCAGAACGCGCCCCCCUACCAGCCCGCUCGCUCCCCGGCCCCGACCCACUCCAAGGAGCAGCCCAUGGGCGCCACGAAAUACUGUGGCCAAUGUGGUGCGGGCGUUACGACGCCUUACUGCCCUAACUGUGGCAUCUCGGUGUAA